CUGUAGAAAAGACCCGCUCACAGGGCACAGAGGAGGCGUCAGUGCGACACAGCUCGCGUAUCGGUCAUGUGACCGACACAGCUCAUGAUCGGUCACGUGACUUUCUAAAAGCGGUACGCGCACCGACACAGGGUUUUGCUCUAUGAGCUCGACGCAUGCGCCGAUGCAUCGGUGUUGCCGGACCCAUCACCAGAUGGCGACAAUGAGCUGAAAGUCCAUAUUAGAAUCAAGGAGGUGAACAUCUAUCUGCGUGUCGCUGCUUUUGAACUUCUAAUCCUGAGGACGCUUCGCCAAACAGUCGGUGUGGUUGGAGUCCAAUCUGUUGAAUAUCCAACUUGACACUAACUUCACUUCGGUCCACAAAGCGGGUUCUGAAGAACUUCACACAGGUCCCCUCCUGCACCUCUUUGAAGGAUGGCUCAUGGCGGGGUGGACAAAGACCAGUUCAACUGUGCAGUGUGUCUGGAUGUCCUGAAGGAGGCAGUGACCAUUCCAUGCGGCCACAGUUACUGCUUGGACUGCAUCAGCAGAUGCUGGGACGAUGAUAGCAACGUGAACUGCCCUCAAUGUCGGCAGACUUUCAACCCGCGGCCGGUGCUUGGCCGAAGCAUCUUACUGGAUGACGUGGUGGGAAGAUUUAAGGAAGCUUUGGCGGGUCAAACUCUGGCGGAGGAGGAUGACGUGGAGUGCGACGUUUGCCCGGAGAGGAAGUACAAGGCGGUCAGGUCGUGUGUGGUGUGUUUGGCCUCGUUUUGCAACCUGCAUAUUCAACCGCACUACCAGUCAAAUGAGCUUACGACGCACACGCUAAUUACGGCCUGCAAGAGGGUCCAGGAGUGCGUCUGUGGUCAACACAACAGGCUGCUGGAGUUCUACUGCCGCACGGACAAGCAGUGCAUCUGCCAGCUGUGUGUCAUCGACCAACACAAAGGCCAUGACGUCGUGAUGUCGGAAGUGGAAAGACAAGAGCAACAGAAUCAGCUUGGUAAGAUGAAGCACGACUGUCAGGAGAACAUCCAGCAGGCAGAGAAGAUGGUUGAGAAGGUCAAAGAAAACGUCCCCUCUAUCAAAGACUAUGCUGGGCAGCUGACGAAGAUGAGUGAGGAACUCAUAAAAAACGUGACCAUAUCCUUGAUGGAGAAGCACUUUCAGUUGUGUGAGAGGAUCCACAACAUGGAGGAUCUGUAUGUCAGUGAGGCCAAGCAGUCGCUGGAGAAGGCAGACAUUGUGAUCAAGGAGCAGCAGAGGAUGUGCGUCGAGCUUGACAAGUUGGCAGAAACUGUGAACCACGUGGACUUUCUCCAGAAACUUCCGUCCCUGAAAGCCUCGUCUAUGUCCUCACCUCUGCCAGACUUCAGCUUGACCUUUGUCAAAGAUAUGUUGGUCUGCCGGGAGUCGAUUUUGGAAUACUACAAGCAAAGAUUCAAUGACAUUUAUGAAAAAGUACAAGACAUCGUCUGGGUUUUCCCCCCCGCCCCCGCCGGCCCAGGCAGAAGCAGCGCCUUCGGCCCGUGUCACACCUCCCGUUCAAAGGGAAGCCGCAGGAGAGGACUAGCUGCCGGAGCCGGAGGUGACACAGGGUAUUCCUCCAGAGUCCAGAAAGUGUUGAGUAGAAUGAAGCACCUUCUUCCGAUGGAUGGAAAACAAAGAGUCAUCAAAACAAAGACUUCCAGUGGGCUCAUCGACCCACCACCUAGGCCUCCCUCCGCCCUCCCAUGACGAUGGACUUUUUUGUUUUUUGUUUUUCUGGGAUGUCUGGAAUCCAUCCCUUAAAGGGCGGCGGGGGGUACUGUCAUGAUCCGUUACCCGGAUUAUGUCAUGUUUAGUUUGAUAUUCCCUUAGUUGUUUAGUUCUUUUUCAGCACCCCUAUUUUUGUGUUCCUUAUUGCCAUGGAUGCUGAUUAUUUACACCUGCCUCUGAUUAGUGGUCAGGACGCUCACCUAAUCAGAGAGAUAUGUAUUCCUGCCUCACGCCAUACUCUGUCUGGCAGUUUUGUUUGCUACACCCAACAGGUUAUUCUUGCUUCUAAUCCCCUCGUUCUAAAGACAACAAUGACCUUCGCCCCGUAGCUCUGACCUUGAUUAUUGUGAAAUGUUUUGAAACAUUUGUUGUGUUACUGCUCAGUCCAUGUGGAACUUUCUAAGCAUCUAGAAGAGACUCAAGCUUAUGCUCAAAUUGUAUUUAUUGAUUUUAGUUGAAGGUUGAGGAGCUCGGUCAUCUGGGAGAGGCUCAGAAUAAAGCUGCUGCUCCUUCAGGUGGAGAGGAGCCAGCUGAGGUGGCACGGGCAUCUACUACAGAUGCCUCCUGGAAACCUCCCUGGUGAGGUGUUUCAGGCCGGGAGGAGACAUUGGGGCAGACCUAGGACAUGUUGGAGGGACUAGGUCUCACAGCUGGUCUGGGAACGCCUCGGUAUCCCCCCUGUAGAACUAGAGGAGGUGGCCGGGGACAGGGAAGUCUGGGCAACUCUGCUUAGACUGCUGCCCUUGCGACCCGGACUCUGAUAAGCGGCGGAAAAAUGGAUGGAUGGAUUAAUUAAAGACUUCAAUGUCAACAC